GGCGCGAGCGCAGGGCGAAUCCCGCGGCGAUAGGUCGGCGGCGUCCGCGGCCGGGAGCAUGCAGGGUGGCCGGCGGCCCGCGGCGCGCGGCGCGUUCGUUCCUCCGCGGCGGUGGCGACGGCGCGCAGCGGCUCUCGCGUGAGCGCAGCGCCCGGAGCGUGCCUCAGGCCCGGCGGGCGGGGCCGGCGGCAGGAGACGGGCCGGGGUCGGCGCCUCCCUCAGCCCGGCGGGGGGCGGCGGCGGGGGCGCCAUGUGGAGCGGCCGCAGCUCCUUCACCAGCCUGGUGGUGGGCGUGUUCGUGGUGUACGUGGUGCACACCUGCUGGGUCAUGUACGGCAUCGUCUACACCCGCCCGUGCGCCGGCGACGGCAACUGCAUCCAGCCCUACCUAGCGCAGAGGCCCAAACUGCAGCUGAGUGUGUACACCACCACACGGUCCAGCCUUGGUGCUGAGAACAAUGUCGAUCUGGUGUUGAACGUGGAAGAUUUUGAUGUGGAGUCCAAGUUUGAAAGGACAGUUAAUGUUUCUGUACCAAAGAAAACCAGAAAUAAUGGGACUCUGUAUGCCUACAUUUUCCUUCACCAUGCUGGGGUUUUGCCUUGGCAUGAUGGGAAGCAGGUGCACUUAGUAAGUCCGCUCACCACCUACAUGGUCCCCAAGCCCGAAGAAAUCAGUCUUCUCACUGGGGAGUCUGCCACGCAGCAAAUCGAAGCCGAGGAGAAGCAGACCACUGCCUUGGAUGAGCCUGUUUCCCACUGGAGGCCGAGACUGACCCUGAAUGUGAUGGUGGACAACUUUGUCUUUGAUGGCGCCUCUCUCCCUGCCGACGUGCACCGGUACAUGAAGAUGAUCCAGCUGGGGAAAACCGUGCACUACCUCCCCAUCCUCUUCAUCGACCAGCUGAGCAGUCGGGUGAAGGACCUGAUGGUCAUCAGUCACUCCACCACCGAGCUGCCCCUCACCGUGUCCUACGACAGGAUCUCCCUGGGGAAGCUGCGCUUCUGGAUCCACAUGCAGGACGCGGUGCUCUCCCUGCAGCAGUUCGGGUUUUCAGAGAAGGAUGCUGAUGAAGUGAAAGGCAUUUUUGUAGACACCAACUUGUAUUUCUUGGCCCUGACCUUCUUUGUCGCCGCGUUCCACCUUCUCUUUGAUUUCCUGGCAUUUAAAAACGACAUCAGUUUUUGGAAGAAAAAGAAGAGCAUGAUUGGGAUGUCCACCAAAGCAGUGCUCUGGCGCUGCUUCAGCACCGUCGUGGUCUUCCUCUUCCUGCUGGACGAGCAGACGAGCCUGCUGGUGCUGGUCCCUGCCGGCAUUGGGGCGGCCAUCGAGGUGUGGAAGGUGAAAAAGGCAUUGAAAAUGACCAUUGGUUGGAGAGGCCUUAGACCUGUAUUUCAGUUUGGCAGCUGCAGUGAAUCUGAAAGGAAGACUGAGGAGUACGACACUCAGGCCAUGAAGUACUUGUCUUACUUACUCUACCCUCUCUGCAUUGGGGGUGCCGUCUACUCGCUCCUCAACAUCAAGUAUAAGAGGGGCGUCCAAGAGGGACGUGAACUUCCGGCGGCUGGGAGGAGGAUGCCCAGGCUGGUGGCAGGGCCAUCAACAAGUUGGUACUCUUGGUUAAUCAACAGCUUCGUCAACGGGGUGUAUGCCUUCGGCUUUCUCUUCAUGCUUCCCCAGCUCUUUGUGAACUACAAGAUGAAGUCGGUGGCACACCUGCCCUGGAAGGCGUUCACCUACAAGGCAGUCCGCUGGAGCUUCCUAGGUGUCGAGGCUGAUUCUAGAAGCUUCUUGGCGAGUCCUGGGAACCCCUACAUCAAUCAGAGUUGGGAUAAUGGGGCCUCCCAGUGCUUGUUCAAGCUUUCAAUACCUUCAUCGACGACGUCUUCGCCUUCAUCAUCACCAUGCCAACGUCACACCGGCUGGCCUGCUUCCGGGACGACGUGGUGUUCCUUGUUUACCUGUACCAAAGAUGGCUUUACCCUGUGGACAAGAGCAGAGUGAACGAGUUCGGAGAGUCUUACGAGGAGACGCCCAGGUGGAAAGCCCACGCGGACUAGGCACCAGCCGACGUGGAGGGGCCUCGGGACGCCACCAGCCGCUGCCCUUCACUCCUGAUUCUUCUUAUGGCGAAGAACAAGUUUUGAUUGUCCAUUGAGUAUUUUUGGAAGCUUUGGGUGGCGUUUCCUGGACGGCUACAUCUUCUGCCAAAACCGUCGUGAGGGUUCCUCACGCAGCUCUCCCCGUGUCCCUUACGUGUGUUUGGAGGGGCUGCCAGCACUUGGGAGCGCCCCAGGACAGGCCGGCCCCGUCACCUCCCAGAGCUGCCCGGCGGGUGCCAUCCCUCGUGCCGUGUGGCGGUGCUGGGUGCGGAGCGCUGGGCGGGCAGAGCUGCGCCCCUCCCUGCAGCGUGCCCUCAGCCGCAGGGUGCCGGGGUCCCGGGAGGCGGUGGGGCGGCUCCUGUCGGGCGGGAGCCGGUGCCCGAGUGCAUUUCAGUUGCCUGUGAAGGCUCGUUCACUCGGCUCUCUGGGGCCAAAUGACUUUUCCCUCUUUUGUUUAAAAUUUUGAUUGUUUUAAAGCUUAACGUAUGUAUGUUUCUAUUUUAAAAUAAAUUACUCUGGCUGUGACGUUUUUCUUGA